CUCAAUUUCGGCAACAUGAGUGGUUCGAGCAUCAACUAUCCACCAUCGAGUUCGCUCGACAAUCUGCCUGCAGAUAUACUCCUGGGGAUCAUUUCUUUCCUCGAAUCCUUGAGCGAUCUGAAUGCGCUCGUCAACGCGUCUCCGUCGCUGCGGAGAUUCUUCGUAGCGGAACGACGGCGCGUCAUCCGUCAGAUUGUCCACCGCGAUGCUGCUCCUGUGCUCAAAGAUGCUGUGGCGCUUGCAGUCAUCCCGAGAGUUGGCCAGUCUCGCGAUUAUCAUACAAUGGAGGUCGUGAGUGCGACCAAGGCGUAUGCGAGCUUUCGAGAACACCUCGACGCAAAUACAGCAGACAUAUCCGCCAUAUCAGCUGAUCAUUUGAUAUUGGCUACGCAAUGCGACUUGGCGGCUCGGAACUUUGUCUCUCUGUACGCCACAGUCCAGCAACAUCAACUGCGGACUGUGGAUCCAGAGGCAGCCAAGCCACUCACAAAAGACGAGCAAGACCGUCUCGUGCUCGCUUGCUUGCGGUAUCAAUUGCUUACACAAGUUUGUCGCGACCGCGUGAGUGAGGAGACAACUAUGGAAGUACGGACGAUCUUGAACCAUUGCUUCACACCUUUCCAGAUAGAGCAAAUUGCUGGGAUUCACGACUUUGCAGGCAAAUUACACCAGUUUGUCGUCACGCACGAUGGCCCAACAGGGGUUGAUACGCAGAACAUGCAUGCAAUCUACGAUAUUACAGCAUUCCGACAGAUACUCAGACGUGCACUCGCUAUGGAUCAAGAAACCACCAAAGUCUUUGCCGCUGCAUUGUCGUAUCUGAAGUGCGUAUCGGAUCAUCAAAUUCUCAGAGGAGGUCACCAAGUACCCAGCAGCUACAUCUUGGAGUACUUUCCAGUGGUGACCUCACAGCUAGAUUUGACUCUCCACGCACUCUUGUCCCACGAGUACGAGAUUAGACGUCUGCGAGAUGUGAUCUAUGGCUAUGAAAGAAGACUGCCGGCCAUUACCACUGAUGGCUCAGUGAUAGAUCCUUCAUUUGCUUGGGUCGAUGCAAACGAUGGCUUAGAUUGCCGUCGCUGGGGCUCAGAGUUGCUGCGAAAUUCCCCAGAUCAUGUGGGCAUAGACAGCAUGCGAUUGGACCGAGUGAAAGCCACCGUGGAAGCUUGGAGGCAGUUUGGCUUUUUGUAUUGGGACCGAGACCGCGUUCAGAUUUUGAAAAGGUCUUUCCUGCAGUAUCGAACGGGGUGGCUUCGGAAUGUGUGGGACCGAGCGGAUGUCUUUUAGCAUAUUAGAACUUUUGACAUGACACUAUUGUCGAGCGAGGUAGAUAAUAGACUAGAGCAAAGACUUUUGUUUCCAGAGU